CGCCCGGGGCUGCUCGCCGUCACCUCCAGUGCAGGUUGGGGGCUGAUCCUCUGAGCGAAGGGGAGCCAUGCAUCAAAUCCCCACAGUGGGCCUGGGCACCUGGAAGGCCUCUCCAGGAGAAGUGACCGAUGCGGUUAAGGUGGCUAUCAACCUGGGCUACCGGCACUUCGACUGUGCUUACUUAUACCACAAUGAGAGUGAGGUUGGGAUGGGAAUCAAGGAGAAAAUCAAGGAGGGUGUGGUGAAGAGAGACGAGCUGUUCAUCGUCAGUAAGCUGUGGUGCACGUACCACAAGCAGUCUUUGGUGAAAACGGCAUGCAUCAAUACCCUGGAGGCCUUAAACCUGGAUUACCUGGACCUCUACCUCAUACACUGGCCCAUGGGCUUCAAGCCUGGGGACAAAGAUAUCCCUUUGGAUCGCAGUGGCAAGGUCAUACCCAGUCACACCAGCUUUCUGGACACUUGGGAGGCCAUGGAGGACCUGGUGAUUGAGGGUCUGGUGAAGAACAUUGGGGUGUCCAACUUCAACCAUGAACAGCUUGACAGACUUUUGAAUAAGCCUGGUUUGAGAAUCAAGCCAAUAACUAACCAGAUUGAAUGCCACCCAUAUCUUAAUCAAAAGAGCCUAAUUGAUUUUUGCCAUGGAAGAAAUGUGUCUGUGACCGCUUACCGUCCCCUCGGUGGCUCAAGAGAUGGGGUUCACUUGAUGGAUGAUAUCGUUAUUCGGAAGAUUGCAAAGAAGCAUGGGAAGUCUCCUGCUCAGAUUUUGAUCCGAUUUCAGAUCCAAAGGAACUUGAUAGUGAUUCCCAAAUCUGUCAACCCAAGUCGGAUUAGAGAGAAUAUUCAGGUAUUUGAUUUUGAAUUAACUGAAAAAGAUAUGGAGGAACUUCUCAGCCUCGACAAGAACCUCCGCUUGGCCACCUUCCCCUCAACUGAAAAUCAUAAGGACUAUCCUUUCCACAUAGAGUACUAAAGACAGCCUCACUCUCCGUCAUUUCUGCCCAGUGGAAACAGAUCUCCAGGGUCAGCAGCACUGAUCCACCUCUGCAGAGGCUGUGUGGUCCCUGCGUGGCCACAGCAACAGACGCAGCCACAGCCAAGAAUGACAACAGAGUCGGAACAAGGAAAACUCUGCCUAGAACAGAACCAGUUCGGAGAAAAAUAAAGAUCUAGGGAUGAGAAAGGGAGGUACCACAAGGCGUGUGGCUGCUUCCAAGUUGUUAUGGAAAGCCAAGCGCCAAGAAUAAUGUAAUUUAUGUCAGUUAGCCCUAGUCCUUGUGGCUUCUAUUCUAGGAAGCGAGAUGCUGAUUGCUCAUGAAUUAAAGUUACCUUCACAUUUUAAAAAA